GAGACGGAGAUAUGAUCACUUGACACGUGUCACAUCAACGAUCCCUAGCUUGCCACGUGGUCGGAUCUUGAUGGUUCUACGUUGAGAAGUUACUUUAGGCGGUGCAACAGCUAACCCUAGCCACGUAUCACCUCACCUGUAUAAAGAUUUUGCUGCUCUUUUUCACGUACGUGCAGGUCCAAUAUUGCACAAGAAUACCAUAUCCUCCAGGCCCCCUUCCCUGCUCAUAGAGCUUCAUUCUCUACCUCUCUCUCUCUCUCUCUCUAAAUGAUGGAAGGUGAUGCAGCCAUGGUGAGGAUUCAAAGAAAAUCAUCAAUGGAAAGUGAACCAAGGACUCUGACCAUGGAUCAAAUCCAAUUUGCUAGAGAGGCAGCUCUGUAUGUGGUGAAUACGAGGAGCAUAGAAGAAGCAUUGAGUAUAUUUACAGAGGUAAAUAACCUCUUGAGGUUUAGAGCCCGUGGGAGGACGAAAUGGAGACAGAAUGAAGGAUAUGAGCAGAGAAAUGCAGUCUGUGGAUGAAUUAGAGCAGCGGCAGCUGACUGAGAUAAGAGAUAUAGCAUCUGCUCCUUUUUAAUUGAUUUUAAUUCUCUUUUUCAUAUGACAUGUAAAUAUGAAUAUCCAAGUUUUGCCUUUCCCUAUAUCGGCCACCUAUCUAUACAUAUUCAAUUCAUUCA